AUGCCAGACAAGUGGGAGAUUAUCACCAUCGAUGACUACAUCCCUUGCAACAAGGCCAUUUUUGACCACAACGGCACCUGCAAGCCACUCUUCAGCAAGCCCAAGAACAACGAGCUCUACGUCAUGCUUCUGGAGAAGGCCUUUGCCAAGUUCUGCGGCGGCUACUCCGCGCUGGAGGGAGGCCAAACCAUUUGGGCCAUUCGCGCGAUGACGGGGGACCCGGCGCGCCAGUUCUACCGAGAUGACUCCAAGAAAGAAUGGGCUCGGAAGGAUUUGAGGAACUUCGACGACCCUCACGACAAGCGCAAAUGCGGAUUGUACGGCACCGACGAGAAGAUCGACAACGACACCAUGUUUGAGAUCUUGCGGAAGUACCACUCUUUAGGCAGCAUUCUUUCUGCCUCUGGGGCCAGUGGACAAGAUGGCCUGGUAACGGGACAUGCCUACAGCAUCCUCCAGGUGCGCAAAGUGAAUGACGGCUUCAUGGGCCUCGGUGGGAAGGACUACAAGAUGGUUCAGAUCAGAAACCCCUGGGGGCGAGGAGAGUGGAGUGGAGAUUGGAGUGACAAGAGCAAGACGUGGGCGGAGCAUCCAGCGGUCAAGAAGGCCUUGGAGUUCGAAGAUGUGGACGAUGGGGCCUUCUGGAUGAGCUGGAAGGACUUCAUCGAGAACUGGUCAAGGAUCGGGGUGGUGGACCGAACGGUUGACAUCAACUCCCUGAGUCUGCGGGUGAAGGACGACUCCGCCUGCGCGCCGGUGCUGGCGUGCUGCAAGGGGUGCUGCUGCUUUUGGUGCUGCUGCCAGGGCUGCAAGAAGGUCUACUGCCCUCACCGCAGCUCCGAUGAGACCAUCAAGGUGAAGAAGGGCUGUUGCGGUUGCAACAUCAUGUGA